AAAAAGGAAACGAGAUUCUGCUGCUUCUGUGAAAGUACAAAUCUGCUCGUGUGCAGUUUGCUGUUGAUGUGUAAGUCAGAAGGAAAUCGCAGUCGUUGUUAAAAUAUUUGAUCUGCUGAAAGUAAGUGUCUGCAACUGCAAAGGAAAGUGUUCAUCUCAUGUCCAAAGACCAAACAAAGACCAUUUAUGAGGAGUAUCAAUCUAAGUCAUGCAGGCUGCGACGGAGCCGAUGAUGAAACUAUGGAGCAAAAGAGUGUUUCUGACAAAACAGACGAGGUCACCCGAGAGUCUGUUUCCUCUUUUGAAGCACUGGUUCAUCAUUUCCAUCCCAGCUACAUCGCUCAGGGUGGCAGCAAUGUGGUCGCUCCAAACAUCAUUGGUUGUAACGUCGGCAACCUAAACAUCAGCAUCUCAACAGGUCAAGAGUCGAACUGUGACACUGCAGACACGCUGCAACCCCAACGUGACAGGGUUGCAGAAUGUCAACAGGAACUGAAAGCUGCUCUGAGGAGGGAUUACAGUCACUUUUUUGAGGGGAUGGUGGCAAAAACAGACAAGGUAUCCCUCAAUAAGAUCUAUACUGAGCUGUACGUCACUGAGGGAGGGAGCGGUGAAGUCAACCAGGAGCAUGAAGUGAGACAGAUUGAGACAGCAUCCAGGAUACAUGUGGCCCAGGAGAAAUCAAUCCACUGCAAUCACCUCUUUGUUCCUCAACCAGGACGAGAGAACCGCGUAAGAACUGUGAUCACACGGGGAGUCGCUGGCAUCGGGAAAACUGUAUCCGUCAAGAAAUUCACUCUAGACUGGGCUGAGGGGAAAGAAAACACCAACCUGGACUUUGUGUUUCCGCUCUCUUUCCGAGAUCUCAAUCUGAUGAAAGAGAAAACUCUCAGUCUGGUGGAUCUUCUCAGUGAAAUCUUUCCUCAAACGAAAAACACAGGAAUCUUCGUUAAUGGUAAAAACAAAAUGCUCUUCAUUCUGGAUGGUCUGGAUGAGAGCCGUCUGUCUCUGGACUUCCACGAAAAUGAAUUAAUGUCAGAUGUGACACAGGAAACCAAGGUUGAUGUGCUCCUGACCAACCUCAUCAGGGGAAAGCUGCUUCCUUGGGCUCUUGUUUGGAUCACUUCUCGCCCGGUGGCUUCAAGUCAGAUCCCUCUGGAGCACAUUGAUCUGGUGACAGAGGUGCGAGGGUUCAACAACCCCCAGAAAGACGAGUACUUCAGGAAGAAAAUCAGUGACAAGAGCUUAGCAGACAGGGUAAUUAAACAUGUGAAAUCCUGCAGGAGUCUUCACAUCAUGUGCCACAUUCCAGUCUUCUGUUGGAUGGCGGCGAGUGUUCUUGAGAAGAAGCUGGAAACGAAUGACGGUAAAGACAUGCCAAGGAAUCUCACUCAGAUGUACAUCCACUUCUUGUCCUUGUAUGCGGACGACAUGGAGAAGAGGCCUCUGGGAAGAAGAGGGUCAAAAAUCGACUACUUGAGAAAUAACAUCAUGUCACUGGGGGAACUGGCCUUCAAAGAGCUCGAGAAGGGCCACUUGAUCUUCUAUGAGAGCGACCUCAACCAGAAUGGUAUAGACGUCAUGGAGGCGUCCAUGUUCUCAGGAGUCUACACAGAGAUCUUCAGUGAGGAGCUGACACUCGGCAAGGAGAAGAUGUUCUGCUUCGUGCAUCUGAGCAUCCAGGAAUUCUUUGCUGCGUUGUAUGUCUACCUCAGAUUUCACAACGACAACUUCAACGUCUUGAUCAAGAAGUCAUCCUCUUCGAGACGUUUCCCAUUCAGGCCUGCAUCAGAGCUCAUCCUCUACAAGGAAGCUGUGGAGAAGGCUUUGCGGUGCAAAAAUGGACAUUUUGACAUCUUCCUGCGCUUCCUUUUGGGCCUGUCUCUGGAGUCCAAUCAGACUCUGUUGAAACGUCUGAUGACCAGCAACAAACCAAACCAAAAGACAAGAACAGAGAUCAUUAAACACUUAAAGGACAAGAUCAGGGCAAAUCCAUCUCCAGACAGGUGCCUCAAUCUCUUUCACUGUCUGAAUGAGCUGAACGACCGCUCUCUUGUGGACGAGAUUCAGAACUACCUGAGACCGGAUCAUCUGAACAGAGCCAAACUUUCAGCUGCCCAGUGGGCCACACUGGUCUUUGUUCUGCUGACAUCAGAGGAGGAGCUUAGUGUGUUUGAGCUCAGCAGCUACACCCGCUCAGAGGAAGGACUCCUGAGGCUGCUGCCUGUCAUGAAAACUGCCCAAGCAGCAAAUGUCAAUGCUUGUAACCUCACUGUGACCUGCUGUGCAAACCUGGCGAAUGGCAUCAGCUUAUCCCAGCUGAGAGAGCUGGACCUGGGCAACAACAACCUGACAGAUGAGGGAAUAAAGAGGCUCUCUGGUGGACUGAGGAGCAGCAAACUGGAGACACUCAGACUGAGGAGCUGCAGCCUAACCGAGCCCAGCUCCGGCGUCCUGGCCAAAGUUAUCAGCUCAGCCUCCUGCUGCCUGAAAGUGUUGGACCUCUCUGACAACGACUUGCUGGACGUGGGAGUCGGAAAGCUCUGUGGCGGUCUGGGGAGUCCUCACUGUAAACUGGAAAUACUCAUUUUGUCUCUGUGCAGACUGACAGAAGAAAGCUGCAUUUUCCUGGCGGCUGCUUUGAACUCAUCCGGUCUGAGAGAGCUCGACCUGAGCUACAACCACCCGGGACACUCGGGCCUGCAGCUGCUGUCAGCUCUGCGAGACGACCCACGGUGCAGCGUGGAGGAACUCAGAGUGGAAGAGUGUGGUGAGUCCAGGAUUCAACCAGGUCCGAAGAAAUACACCAAAAAACUCACCCUGGAUCCGAACACUGCACACAGAGACCUUUCUCUGUCCGAGGGAAACAGGAAGGCGACGCGCUGGACCGAGCAGCCAUACCCUGACCACCCAGAGAGGUUUGAAUUCUGGAGACAGGUGUUGUGCACAGAGGGACUGACUGGGCGCUGCUACUGGGAGACAGAGUGGAGUGGGAGAGCUUUCAUAGGAGUCGCCUACAGAAGGAUGUCCAGGAAGGGAGAGGGUCACGACAGCUGGCUGGGCAAAAACGAAUCUUCCUGGGGACUGAACUGCAACAGCAGUGGCUACAGGACCUGGCACCGAGGCAUGGAGACGGCUGUAGCCAUCCAGCUCGUCUCCAACAGGGUGGGAGUCUUUCUGGACUGGCCAGCAGGGAAACUGUCCUUCUUCCAGGUCUCCGGUGGGGAACUGACGCUCCUCCACUCAUUCCACGCCACCUUCACCGAGCCCGUCUACCCAGGGUUCAGGCUGGGCUGGGUGGACUCCACAGUGUACUUGUGUUAGGUGAAACCUGGACACACCGAACAGCUUCAUAUUCUCCCUGUCCAACACAACACAGAGGACAUGUAACAUAUUGUAGUGUUUCUUUUUUCUUCUGCUCCUGAGCCAGAAAACUAAAUAACUUGUGUAUUUUGGGCAGAUUCCCUUAGACCUCUGCCCCCAAACUGGACCCCAAACCUCACAUCAGCAGUGUGGCUUCAGGGAAGCAAAUGUCCUUUGGUCAGUCAGUCGUUCGGUCCAGACGGAAAUAUCUCAACAAAUAUUUGAUAAAUUGCGCUGAAAUGUUGUUCAUGCAUUCAUGGUUCUCAGAGGAUGAAUGACUAAUGACUCUAAUAAUCAACUAACUUUCGACAGAAGUUGAACUUUGAAAGGUCACAUUUUUAUUUUGUCCAUUACUUGGUGGUGGUUUAUGAAAUCAUACCUGCAAAAAUAAUACCAGUCCCAUUGGUGAGCUUCUUUUUUAAACAAAGUGUCUGACAUGUUUUUAUUGUAAAUACAUUUUUUUAUAUUCUAUUUUUGCAGUAUUUGUGUUUGUCUUUUGUCUUGCUGUAUCUAUAUAUGAAAACCUACUUGGGAAUAAAUCUUUUGCUAAUCAAUCACAACCUUUGUGUUUAAUUUAAGCGACUUGUUAGCAUGCUAACACAUCAAACGAAGAUGGUAACCAUCAGCAUGUUACCAUUUCAAAUUUCUAUUGGCUGCUAUCAUGGCUGGAAUCUGGUACAUUUGUUUUAAAAAAAAUUAUGAUCAUGAGUACGGAGUCAUGUAGGUGCAGUAAAAAUACAUCCUGUAAAAGAAUAAGAUGGAAUAAAUUAAAGAAUAAAUAUGCAAUGAUUGUAUCCAGGCUCUAACUUCUCCUAGCACCAAGGUAAGAAACACUUUAGGGAAAUCAUUUGAUGUAAAUAUUUAUUCUUUUAUUUACUCCUCAACAAUUUUUUUCAUUAUCAUACAUAUUCAUUCUUCUUUAUGUUGCUCGUGUAUUGGGCAUUUUACAGCAAAAUAAAAGUUAAUAAACUCGUCAGUGCUCUCUGAUGGAAGUACAAAUUGAGAGCACAAACCUCAAACCUCAGAUUAUGAAACUAAAUGUGUGUAUAUGGCUGGAUGCUAAGAGGAAGUGGAAGUCUUGGAAUUAAAAAAAAGAACAAAAAAAAAGAAAAAAGGAGAAACUGUGUAUAUGGUGGUAAAGACCUCACAUGUAUGACAACAUAUGGUAAAGUGUGUCACUGCCAUGCCAAAAUAACAGAUCAGCAUCACAGUAUAAUGUGAAAUAGUUAUUAUUUCUACAGGAUAUGUUCAUGCUAACCCUUUAACAUUAUUACAACAUACAAACUUAACAGCUUUAAACAAGAAACAUUUGAUACAAAAAUAUUCUUUAUAUCAUGUGAAACGUUUCAUGAACAUAAAAGGUUUCACAUGAUAGAUAGUGUUGUUAUAAACUAAGGCUUCUUUUUAUAGCACAAGUUUGUAAUGUUGUACUAAUAUGGAAAUAUCUUGUUAGAACAUGAAAAACAUUUUAUUAUGAUAACUUGAAUGGCUCUCAGUAGAGUGCAAACCUCUGCCAAUGCCCUGAUUCAAUCUAAUAUCAAAACAUAUUUAAAUUCAAUAAAUCAGGACUUUUAUCUGGAUCUGCAUCAAAUUGUACUCACUCAUAGACACCAGCCACCUUAUUAUACCAUUUUUUAAAAUCAAGAUCUACGCAUUAUUCUCUGAGAAACUGACCAAAAAGUCAUAGAAGAUAAAGAAAUAGCAAACAAUUCCUUUCACCGGAUCUGAAACAAAAGUUAAAGGGUUCUAUUCUGGACCGAGAACCUUCCACCAGCCAAGUUUUGUGGAAAUCUGUUGACUAGUUUUUGUGUAAUCGUGGUCACAAACCAACAAAUGGACACAAACUCCUCGGUGGGGGUCAUAAAGUUUUCACAGUAUAACCAGAUACCAAUCAGGUUCUGAAGCAACAUAAAUAUAAAGUAUUUUGAUAACAUUAAAAUUGCAGUUUGCAUUAAAGCCAAAGAAAAAAAUGAUCAAAAAAUCAAAAAAAAAAAAUCCAGAGAAGCACAAUGUGGAAUUUCACUUUCAACAAUCAUUUUAUUAGCAGUCCCAAGAGGCAAUGAAAAAAAAAAAAAAUCAAAGAAAAAAGAGAACAGAAAUUAAGAUUACAGUCAAGACGGUGGGCCAAUCAAAGUCAGUGAACGUAAAGACGGAACAGAGGGCUGCACACACACCAAACAAACACAAAGUCACAUCGUUAAAAAAAGGAACAGAAAGUGAUAAAUGAAGAAGACUGAAUUUAAUCCCAUGGGUAGUG